UAAUAAAUAUACAUGUAUAUUAUGUAUAUAUGUAUAUUUAAUCAAUAUUAUGGGUGAAACGUUCGUUCGGGUUUCGAGUUAUUUUCAAAUGUCUUUGGAACCACAAUAAAGACGCCACCAGUCAACUAACAGGUUAGGCGUUGUUGUUUGAUAACGCCACCGCCGCCUACGCACGCCGUGGAAGCAACAUAUUAUUAUUCCGCACCACCCACUAGACGUCUACAGACCGAGACCAGUACAAUACAACUACGCUUGACGCUUUCACAGACCAGGUACCGCCAUCAUCGCCCGUUAACUUGGAUAAUUGGAAGCUGGUCGUGCACCUCUUCGUCAGUUCGUCUGUUUAAACGUGAAUCGACGUUCAAUCUGUCGUUCGUCUCCUACUUGUCCGUCAGCGCGGAUUGUCCUUGCCGCCAUUGUUCACACAUCGUACCUACAAUAAGAUGAGCGCCGACAAGGUGGAAAACGGUCAGGACGAAGCGAGUUCUGAAUAUGGAGGAUGUGAAGGUCCAGAUGCGAUGUAUAUCAAGCUGGUAUCUAGUGACGGUCAUGAGUUUGUUAUUAAACGGAAGCUUGCCAUGAUAUCAAACACAAUCAAAGCUAUGUUAAGUGGCCCCGGUCAAUUUUCAGAAAAUGAAACGAAUGUAAUCCACUUUAGAGAAAUACCUUCUCACGUUUUACAAAAGGUAUGUAUGUACUUCGCAUACAAAGAUCCUUAUACAAACUGCCCAGAUCCAGCUCCUGAGUUCCCUAUUCCAGCAGAAAUAUCUGUAGAACUUCUGAUGGCAGCUAAUUUUUUGGAUUGUUAAUGUUGUGUAAUAAAAACAGAUAUUUACAAAUUAUUAUAACUAUAGAAUUUAUUGUAUCUAUAAAUUGUAUUGCGGGCAUAGAUAUACAUAAAUUAAAUAUUUCUUUGUAUUGAUUAUUAUUAUACUUUGUAUCGUAUUAUAUUAUACAUAUUAUAAUGAUAUUCAAUUUUGUAUUUUUUUUUCAAAACACGAUUUAAUUAUCUACAUGAAUGUUAUUAAUUUAAUAUUUGUUAGAUAAACAAAUAAUACAGAUAAUAAUAAAAAUACAAUAAAAUAAUUUCAGUGAA